GACUGCGCAACAUACUUAGGAAACCUGCUACAAAACAUGUAAUAUGUAAUAAACUGUAGAAGGUGUAUAUAUACAGACAUUCUCGAGGGCUGGGCAUCGAUAUCUACUCUCAGCCAUGUCAUCUCUCAACCUUCACCAGCGCAGGCCCCACGAUCCCGAAGCCAUCCUCAAAAACACGUAUUUCGAUGACAAUGGAAACACAAUUUACACAGUGCAUACACCACUCAAAUUGUUCGAUAGUACUAGUGUUACCACCAUCUCUAAAGUCGUUCCUAUUCCUUCCGAUGGUAUUAUCGAUAAGGCUCUACCUCUUACCUGGCGGAAAUCGGACUUGGAUACCUUGCCUCCUGACGGCGAUGAUAAACAUCCAACACCAUCUCACGAGGCCGAUGGAGACCGGAGCACUUUUGAAUACAUUGCUCAAAUUGAAUGGAAGAUACUUGAAAGCUCAAAGAUACGAUUCGGGUGGGGUCAGCACAGCGGAAGAGAAGUGUUGGUAAAGGACUUUCUUAGAAAGAAAGGAUGGGGAUCUGGGGGUCGACAUCGUGUUUUCACGGCCGAAGACGGAAAAGAGUACCAAUGGCGUUUGAGUAGUGGACACUCCGAGUUGGUCUCGUAUGAUGCCCUUAAGACUCGCAUAGCAACAUUCCACCCUCUCGUGCUGUUUAAUUCGAAAAAGAAUCGCGCGCGCCUCGAGAUCUUCCCUCCGGGUCUACAUAUGGUAGACGAAAUUUUUGUGACGUUCAUCUAUAUCGAAGGAUUGCUGGAAGGAAAGGAGAAAUCUACUUGGGCCUGACAGGGACUGUUGUACAAGCCGAAUCGAUUGGUUGGAAAUGGGUUCCUUUGCAUUAUGAAACAUACAUAACAUACAUAGUAUAAUCGUUAUCUUGAAACUACAAUAUGUUGUAGAUGAAUAUCGACUCAUCGUUGUUCCUCGUCCAAUGUUUAUCGUGCUCGAGAAUCAAGGCUGAGAUCACUACUGCAUCCUUGAUCUCCUCGGCCUCUGGAAGCAUGAUGAUGUGCGGUAAUGCAGCCUUAGAAGAUCCUUCUGAGGGUGUCUGCACAUGUCGUUUCCCUUCGAAGGACGCUAUACGUUUCUGGUUCGAUUCGGCGAGGAGCUACGGAGAAUGUUGUAUUCAGCAAUUGCGAAGUAUAUUAGCAUAUAUUCUUGAAACAUACCGUGAACGGCCCAUUGUCGUACU